GUUUGUCUUCAAUUUGAUAAGAAGUUUUGGAAGAGUAAAACUGAUGGAGAUGAUUUUUUUGGCCAUGUACCUGUCAGCGAGAGCCAGCGUGGACUUUUUAAUGUAUUCUAUGACCUUUCUACCUCAGUUUUUGUUAGACUGAGAAACCUAAAACUUUUUACCAAAUUGAUUUAUGAAGAGAAUCAGGUUUUUGUUAGACUGAGAAACCUAAAACUUUUUACCAAAUUGAUUUAUGAAGAGAAUCAGGUUUUUGUUAGACUGAGAAACCUAAAACUUUUUACCAAAUUGAUUUAUGAAGAGAAGUUUUUGUUAGACUGA